AUGGCGACUUCAAUGUCAUCAGUUGAUACCUAUCACACAAAAUCUGAUGAGAUGCAUCUUGAAAUUUUCUGCCUUGUCUGGCUUGAUGCUGGUUCAACUGCCAAAGGCGGUCGUGAUACUGAACAGCAGUUACGUUCUAUUAUUAAUCAUCUCCGGAAAUUUCAAGAUGUAGCCCUGUGCCAAAAAUAUAUACAUGAACGAACUGCAAAAGAACGAGUAUUGAUGGUUGUCAGUGGCCAAUUGGGACGAGAAAUUGUUCCUUCUAUUCACCAUCUUCGACAAGUUAUAUCAAUCUAUGUUUAUUGUUUCGAUAAGAAACGCAAUGAACAAUGGGCUUCCAAAUAUGCAAAAGUAAGGGCUGUUGUUGUUGAACUCGAUGAACUCGUUUCUCGUAUUAAAGCUGAUCAUAAAAUCCAGAAAGUGGUGGAAGAACCCUUAUCGAUUAAUAUUUUUACUACAGGUGGCGGCGCAGGUAACUCGACAACUGGUUUAAAUGGUGAAUUUGUUUUUUCACAAGUUUUGAUUGAUUGUCUUAUUCGACUACGAUACACUGAAGAAGAUAGAAAAGAACUUAUUCGUCUUUGUAAACAGCAAUAUAAAGGUAAUAGUGUUGAAUUAAGUAAUAUUCGUGAAUUUCAAGACGAAUAUUCAUCUGACAAUGUUUUAUGGUGGUACUCACGAGAAUCGUUUUUCUACAAAACUCUUAAUGCCGCUCUUCGUACUCCUGCAGAUAUUCAUGCCAUAUUUUUGUUUCGUAAAUAUAUCACUGAUAUUCAAGAUCAAUUAGAAAAUCAUCAAGCUAAGCAUGUUCUUCGAGUGUAUCGAAGUCAAAUGAUAUCAAGUGAUGAAUUAGAAACUUUAAAGCAAUGUCGUGGUCAAUUCAUUUCUGUGAAUUCAUUUUUUUCUACAAGUCUUGAGAAACAAGCAGCUCUAUCAUUUCUCAAGGUUCCUGAUGGUACAGAAAAUCUAGAAGCAGUAUUAUUUCAAAUCGAUGCCGAUCCUAAGAUGGCAAUUACAAAACCGUUUGCUGAUAUCAGUGAAUCUAGCGAUUAUAAAGAUGAAGCUGAAGUGCUGUUUAUGCUUGGUUCUAUUUUUCGAUUGAACAGUAUCAGCCGAAGCAAGCAUGGUCAAGUAUGGAUCAUCCAAAUGUCCUUGUACAACGAUGAUGAACAUGAUUUGAAACAAGUUCUCAUGGAUAUGAAAGAGCAAUAUUUGAGUGAAGAAACAAAUCUUCAGACAUUAGGGAAAAUAUUAUGGGAGAUGGGAAAGCCUGAUCUUACUCAAAAAUACUUUGUGCGCAUGUUAGAAGCGCUUCCAUCUAAUGACCCAUUACGUAUUGAUCUGUAUUUGGAUCUUGCUACACUUGAAUCACAUGCUGAUGCAUCAAAGCAACCAGAAGUGAAACCCGUUUCGACUGUACUCAAGUCCAAACAAAAACUUGAACCUACGCCAAAAUUAGGUAUGUUACGCUAA